CAAAAAAAUAAACUUUGAACUUGCUCCAAAGGAAAGCUCUCUCACCAAAUUGUAAAGAGAGACGAACGAGAGAAAAAGGAAUCUUCUUCACAGUUUCUUCAAUCAAUCAAAUCAAUGGAAUUCCCUCCUCCUCCUCCGCCGGAGAGAUCCAAACGCCUCCACAACUUCACCUUACCUUAUCUCCGAUGGGGUCAGCAGAGAUUCCUCAGGUGCGUCAAGCUCCCGCACCACCGAUCUCCUUCUUCCUUUCCUUCUUCUUCUUCGUCUCCUUCCCCCGAUCGCGCCGCUCAUGGAUCCCCCGCAGCUGCCGGAGGAGGAGUGGUGAUCUCCGGAGUCGAUCCUGUGUACGAUGGAAAGCCCAAGGUGUCGGCUUUGGGAAAUGGCGUAGGAGGAGAAGCGAAAAACGGCGACGAUGCCGUUGCAGCAGCUGUUCGGCCGUGGAAUCUGAGGACGAGGAGAGCCGCUUGCAACGAACCGGGAGACGAACCGGCGAGGAUCACCGAGUCUUCUCUCCGGAGACAUGAUACCGGCGAUGGAGAUUCGCACAAGAACGAGAAAUUGAAAUUCUCGGUUUCUUUGCAGAGAGAAGAAAUCGAAGAGGAUUUCACUGCCCUAAUUGGGAAAAGACCUCCUCGAAGACCAAAGAAGAGACCAAGGCUUGUUCAGAAGCAAAUGAAUACGCUAUUUCCCGGAUUGUGGCUAGCAGAAGAAGUAACAGCAGGCUCUUACGACGUCCCUGAGGCUGCGGAAACAUGAAAAAAGGUGAUUCCUGGAAGGAACUGUAUCAGCUUUUGUUUUCUCUACUUUUGAAUCUUUCCGUUGUAAAAAAAGGAAGAAACAAAAUUGUAGCAAUGUGCCUCCCCUCCCCAGUUUAGUGAAUGUGAAGCCAUUUUAAAAUGGUUUUUCUUAUUCUUCUUCUUCUUCUUCUUCUGUUGUAAAAGAGACAACUGUGGUUUUUUCAUUACCAAUGCUAAUUGUAAUCUCUAUGGCAAUGGAAUCUCCAGCUGUUUUUUUCGUUAUCAAUAAUGCAGCUCUCUGCAACUGUCUUACAGC